GGAUGGCCUAAUCAGACUGAUCACUGAUCACUCCUCCCAUCCCAUUUGAGCACCCUUUUCUUCAACCUUUCUUAGGGUUUCAUUUUUUCAAUCAUCACUCUCAAUUCUCAAACUCUCAUCUUCCCUUACAUCUCCCUUAUUUCUCAGCCAUUCAUCCUCUUCUUCGUAAGAGACGGAAGUUAUUCUUCCCAUUUUUGUGAAAAGAAUUGUAAGUGUGAUAACAUAACUUUUGGAGUGGUUUUUGAAAUUUGCUCAUCGGAGGUCUUGAUUUGGUGUAAUUCGUGAUGGAUUUGGUUGAUUCGGGAGAUUCUUUAUAUCAUUGUUCAUUUAUGAAGCUUGCGAUACAAGAAGCGAAUCUUGCUUUGGAGAGACUAGAGGUACCAGUAGGUUGUGUUAUUGUCAAGAACGAGAAGGUCAUUGCAUCUGGGAGUAAUCGUACAAAUGAGACACGGAAUGCCACACGACAUGCUGAAAUGGUAGCUAUUGACAGUAUUCUACAGCAGUGGCAACGAGAUGGACUUUCUCAAGUAGAUAUUGCUAAGCGGUUUUCCGAGUGUGUCCUGUAUGUUACUUGUGAGCCUUGCAUAAUGUGUGCAGCUGCUUUAUCUUUUAUAGGAGUAAAGGAAGUUUACUAUGGUUGUCCUAAUGAUAAGUUUGGUGGAUGUGGUUCGAUUCUUUCCCUUCAUUCGGUCAUUUCUGAGCACUCUAACCUUGCCGAUGUAAAAGGCUUCAAAUGCACCGGAGGAAUCAUGGCAUCGGAAGCAGUUUCUCUUUUCCAAACGUUUUAUGAACGUGGGAAUCCUAAUGCACCCAACCCUCAUAGGGCCGUGGUUCAACCUUGAUGUCUCUUCAAUGUCGUUCCUAUUCUCGUGUCGUUUAUUUGUAAAUGGAGGUUUGGGUGCAUUAGUAUGAAGUAUUGAUCGAGGUAAAAGUAUGGUAGAUUUGAUCGAAGUAUUUGAUCGAAGUAAAAGUAUUGAUCGAAGUAUAAGUAUAGUAAGUAAAAGUAUGGUAGAUUUGAUACAAUGGUGAUCUUUAUGAGUAUGAAGUAUAUCUAUACAUAUUGUAUGUCAUAUGCCGAGAUACUUUGAUUAUAGAAAUUCUAUGUGCAUAAAUACUACAUUUUAUUACCCCAAUGGGUCCCAUCUAAUUGGAGUAUAGGCUUGGUCUCGGAUACACACAACCUUACUCUUGUUAGUAAUUACAAAGAGAUUGUAUA